AACAUUUAGCAAAGUUGUUUAUAAUUCACGAGAGUUACUUGUAUUUUUUUAGAUGAGAUGAGCCGUAUGAGUCGUGUGCUGUUCAUAAUUCAUCCAUAAUUGCUCAUAUUAUAUGCCAAGCUGAUAUUCUCUUUCCACUACUAGUAUAAAUUGAGAAUCGACUCCUCUUCAGAAUGCAGAGCAGAGCUGACCUGACCUGACUGUUUUCUCUAUCAUUUUUUUAAGUUUUCUGGUGAAUUUGAAUGGAUUCUAGAAAUGGUUCAGUAUCAGAAACUCCAUUGGAUGCUGAAAUCGGAUCAUUUUUUGAUUCAGCUCCUCCUCUAAAAGACUGUGAUGGGAUUGCCAAGAAAUUGAAGGAUUUCAUUGAAUUCAAUUCUCCGCCACCAGGCAAGAAACUAACUCAUUUACUGGUGUUUAAUCAGGUGUUGGCUGUUUUGAUCAGUAAGUAAAUGCGGGAAAAGGGAGUCCUACGGGGGUUGUGUGUGUGACAUCUGGUGGCACCACAGUUCCGCUGGAGCAAUGUUGCGUGCGUUACAUUGAUAAUUUCAGUUCAGGCCAUAGAGGAGCUACUUCUACUGAAUAUUUUAUCAAGGCUGGAUAUGCUGUUAUAUUUUUAUAUAGGAGGGGAACCUUCCAGCCAUAUUGCCGAUCUCUUCCUGAGGAUUCAUUACUUGAAUGUUUUGAGUGCUCUGAAGACUCUGCUAUUCAAGGCUGUAGCUGGAGGUCACCUGUUAAAAAUUCCAUUUACAACCAUAUUUGAGUAUCUUCAGAUAUUACGAAACAUAGCAAUGUCAAUGAGGGAUCUUGGAUCACAUGCUGUGUAUUAUCUUGCUGCUGCUGUGUCUGACUUUUAUGUUCCAUGGAAGAGCAUGGCAGAGCACAAGAUCCAGUCAGCAUCUGGCCCUCUGGACAUGCGACUGGUGCAGGUCCCAAAAAUGCUCUCAGCGCUGAAGAAAACAUGGGCCCCCAUGGCCUUCUGCAUAUCAUUCAAGCUUGAGACAGAUUCGAAGAUUCUUUUGGAGAAAGCUGAAAUGGCUCUUAAAAAGUACAGGAUGCAUAUGGUUGUUGCAAAUGAACUUUCGACCCGCAAAGAGGAGGUAACAGUCGUCACUGGUAAUGAAAAGAUUCUUGUAUGCCGCGACAAGACGCAGUCUGAUUCUGAUGUGGAAGAACCGCUCAUCGAACUAAUUGUGGGCAGGCAUUCAGCUUAUGUUAAGGAUUCUGAUUUGUGACUUUUCAGGUAGGCAACAGAUACACAACACACUUUUCUCACUCGUUUUGAGGUUUUACAUGCUAAAAGACUUCACCGUGGUGGCAUUGUCAAAGUACCUCUCUUUCUUUCUUUCUUUCUUUCAUUCAUUUGAAUUCUGUUCAAGUUAAUCAACAGCAGAUGUUGAUGUGAAAAGGGACUUAAAAAUAACACUGUAUCAUGUAACCAAACCUUGUCUGAAAGGAAUAAAGAUAAAUGGUGAAGCCUCUCUAGUAAUA